GUCAUAUUUUGCCGGAAACCGGAAGUGUGUGAAAACGUUUGGCAUUUGGUGGGAAAAAUGAAGAACAUUUGGUGUUGAUCUAACUUAUUUAGCAGGUCACCUGAGGUACGAAGUCAGGCUCCAGACCAGUUUUGCAUCAAGUGGAAGCUAUAUAUAUGUAGGAUACAUCAAAGUGCCAGAGAUAUUCAGGAGUUACCAUGACAACUGUAGAAAUAGAGGAAGUAGAUCCAGUCACAAACAUGUCUGGUAAAAUCUCCUGCCGGGAUCGGCAAAUCAGGACUUUAGUAUCACUCAUUGGGAAGCGAGAGCAGGUGGCGCCCCCUGCUCUGUUUAUAUAUGGACACACAGGUACAGGGAAGUCACUUGUCAUUAACUCCCUGGUCCAGACACUAGAGUUACCUCAUGUCACUGUCAACUGUGUGGAGUGUUACAAUCAACGAUUUAUGUACGAGAAGAUCCUUAACAAGCUACAGGGUUUACGGUCAUACAUGGCUGACCCGGAUUCUUACCUCAAGUGUGAUAACAUGAACGACUUUAUACGGAUGUUCAGACAAGUGUGUGAAGAUCAGGGUCUGAACAAACAGACAGUAUAUAUUGUGCUUGACAAAGCAGAGUGUCUCCGAGAUAAGGAGGUCAAUAUUCUCCCAACCUUCCUCAGACUACAGGAGCUGACCCAUCAAAAUGUAUGUGUGAUAUUAAUGACCGAAAUUGUAUGGGAGAAGUUCCGCACUGGCACAGGUUACUGUGAACCCUACAUAGUCAACUUCCCUGACUACACAAAAGAUGAAGUCCUGACAAUUCUGACAGAGGACCGACCUGAUGGCAGCGAGGCGGACUUCUAUUCAAUGUACCUGAAUCUUCUCCUGAGUGUGUUCCACAUGGUGUGUAGGGACCUUAGGGAAAUCAGAUAUCUGGCUGGGCUGAACUACGAGAAGUACUGUCAGCCAAUCAGGACAGGAGAAGCCGAAGCAUCAGACACAAGAAAGUUGUGGAAAAAUAUAGAACCUCACCUGAAAAAGGCUCUUCAGACUGUUUACCUGAGGGAAGUGUCCAGUUCUCAGUGGGAAAAAGCACAGCAGGAAACAGAAGUGGGACAGAUGCCAUCUCUACAAGGUUUGUCCUCGAGAAACCACGUGGAACUUCCGUACUAUUCCAAGUAUCUGUUGAUCGCAGCCUACCUUGCUUCCUACAACCCUGCCAAGACUGAUCGCAGGUUUUUUGCCAGGAACUCUGGCAAGGUUGACAAACGAGCAAAAUUCAUAAAGAAACAUGAGAGAACUAGUAACCACAUGCUGGGUCCGAAACAGUUCCCUAUAGACAGGCUGAUGGCCAUUUUCUUCUCGAUAGUGGAGGGAAAAGUGUCCCCUACAGCUAAUAUAUUUGUACAGAUCUCCUCUUUGGUCAGUCUAAACAUGCUUGGACAAGUGGCUGGAGAUGACCAAAUAGACACGCCCAAAUACAAAUGUCUGGUGUCCUUGGAGUUCAUUAAAUCAGUGUCAAGAACUGUGGGGUUUGAUGUCCUGAGAUAUCUAUACGACUUUGUGUAGAGUUUGUGGCACCAAUACUACGUCUCAACUCCAGGUGGUAAUAAUCUGGCUACCACAGAACUCGCGUAUCAACGAAUGAUGGAAUUAAUAUAUACCACAGAACUCACCUAUCAACGAAUGAUGGAAUUAACAUAAAGAUAUACCACAGAACUCGCGUAUCAACGAAUGAUGGAAUUAACACAAAGAUAUACCACAGAACUCACCUAUCAACUAAUGAUGGAAUUAA